CCUAUUGUAUUGUACCACUAUAUUAGGACAAUGCAGAAUCUACAGAAAAGACAACAGGGGAGCAUUAGGCCUAGGACACGGACCCAUGACUAACUCGAACACGAGCACAAACAUUUUUCAUUUGUCAUCCAGCGCGAAAACACAGACUUUUAUUUUGACAUGUCGUUGAGCAACAGUAAUCCUGCACGCCUGUGUUGUUAUACUAGCGCGUGUAAACAUCCAGGGACUUUUACUCAGCACUUGUAAGUAGGGUCGCAAUAUAAACCGGUCUUGCAGAAACGCAUUGGUUUUGUGUCGAUUUUAUGGUUGUACGAGCAUGUGCAGUGAGAUGGAGGCGCUGCUGAAGAGGGAGCUGGGCACUUCUCUUCUGAAGAGCACUGGUCAUUCAGGAGGAGGAUGCAUCAGUGAAGGCCAGAGCUUUGACACUGACACUGGCAGGGUGUUCGUCAAGAUCAACCACAAGAAUGAGGCUAGGAGGAUGUUUGAUGGAGAGAUGGCGAGCUUGGAAGCGAUCCUGUGUACAAACACAGUGAAAGUACCCAGGCCUGUGAAAGUCUUGGACCUUGAGAGAAGUGGAGCUCUUCUCGUAAUGGAACACGUGGAUAUGAGGAGCUUAAAUAAAUACUCAUCAAAACUGGGGGAACAACUAGCUGACCUACAUCUUUACAACAAAAGACAGAUAGAGAAAGAAAACAAGGAACAGCAGACUGUCGGAAAAGGAUCAGGAACAUCUGAAGUUCAAAUAACCAACAAGUUUGGGUUUCACGUGGCUACCUGCUGUGGUUAUAUCCCUCAGGUAAAUGAUUGGCAGGAUGAUUGGGUGUCCUUUUUCGCUCAGCAAAGACUGCAGCACCAGCUCAGCUUGGUGGAACAGUCGUAUGGAGACAGAGAAGCCAGGGAAUUGUGGGCCAAACUCCAACUGAAGAUCCCUCAGCUGUUUACAGACACGGAGGUGGUUCCAGCUCUGCUGCAUGGAGAUCUCUGGGGAGGAAAUGUGGCUGAAUGUUCUGACGGUCCCAUCAUCUUUGACCCAGCAUCGUAUUAUGGCCAUUCAGAGUUCGAGCUGGCUAUAGCUGGUAUGUUUGGUGGUUUUGGGGGUUCGUUUUACAAUGCUUACCAUGAGAAGAUCCCCAAGGCCGCUGGCUUUGCAAAGAGGCAACAACUAUACCAGCUGUUCCAUUAUCUGAACCACUGGAAUCAUUUUGGUGGUGGCUACAGGGGUUCUUCUCUACGGAUCAUGAAGGAUCUAACAAAGUAGAUGCACCCUGAUGUAUUAAAAUAUAUGACCAAGUGCAUGACCAAGUGAACUUAAUCCUGCUUUACCAGUCUAAUGGAAAUGCACCGACAAGAUGAAAGUCUUAAAGUAAUUUACACAGAUUAAAAACGUCUUAUAUAUUAUAUAUAUAUAUUUUAAAGGAUAAAGCUGUGAAUUUAUGCUUCCAAACAAUGGCCAGUUAACAAAUUGGUUAAAAUAGAUCAUUCCCUUGUGAAUUGCGCUUUAACUUGAUUACAUGAAUAUGCUCUUGAAGAGAUCCUCAUUUACAAGACUUGAUUUAAAAUGUGUGCACUAAGUAGCAUCAUAUGAUAAGCUGCAUUUCACUACAGUCUUACUAAUUAUUAUUAAUGGGCUGUUGAUUUGAAACAUCUUAUUAAAAGAGCUACUGCGCUUGUAGCACUGUAAACUUUCAGCUUGCAGAUACAUAAAGGAUGUUUGGACAUUGAAAUAAAACUUUAAAAGAAC